UAGCAAAUUUUCAUUUGUUUUCUCGUCUGUUUCUCGGCAUCCAAACAGAGGGAAGGGAAAGGCAGCGAUCGAAUUGCGCAACUGGGGAUUUCGACAAUUUCCUUUCCGGCGAGGGACUUACCUCUGGCGUCUUUUGCCGUGAAUUUGAGGAUUCACCGUCGGAGUCAACCGCCAUUGUUGCGUCUCGAGAUGUCUCAAUCCCUCUCUCCCAUGGCGUCUCAGCUGCACUUGUUUUUUAACAUUGAUGUGGGAUUGAGCCAUUUGCUUUUAGGUCUCAUCACACCCAUGAUCCUUGGAGCCCUGGAAUCUCAAAGUUGAAAUGAACAGUCAUCUGGAACAGGGCGCCGCCAUGAGUGGUGCCUAUUCUCGGUCAAAUGGGUCCAGCAUCCUGAGUUUCGACGGAUCAGAAAGUCGUGAAAGCAUCGAUGAUUUUAAGAAAGGUCAUCAGAGUUUGGUGGAGUGGUUAAAUGAGAUGCUUCCUUAUUUGAAUUUACCAUGGGAGGCUUCAGAGGAGGAACUGAGAGCAUGUUUGAUGGAUGGAACUGUCUUGUGCGGCCUCCUGAAUCAGCUUAGUCCUGGUUCAGUAAGAAUGGGUGGCAGUUUCGAGCCUUCUGGUGUAAAGAUAGAGCGAUUUCUUACAGCUAUGGAUGAUAUGGCCUUGCCCAGAUUCGAGGUUUCAAACUUAGAACAGGGAGAUAUGGUUCCAGUUUUGCAGUCCCUCAAGGCGCUAAAAGCGAGCUUUUCCGAUGGUGGGUAUGACAAGAACUCGAUAUCUGCUAGAAGGAGAUGGAGUUUGCCAGAGGAUCACUCAAAGGAAGCUGAUAACAAUUUAAGUGAUGGAUUUCAAUUUAAGGAAGGAACUGACAUCAAUAUAUCUGAUGAUAAAAUUUUGGAAUUACUGAAAUCAAACAGUUUACAAAAUGCUUCUACUCGUUCACUAUUUGACAUGCUGGAUAAGCUUUUGGAAGAGAACAUGAAGAACAUGAAUGGAAAUAUCUGUAAUGCUAUGGCAUCUAUAUUGAAAGCAAUUGUACAAGUGAUAGAAAGACGGAUUUCAAUUCAAGCAGAAAACUCAAAAAAUCAAAAUAUACUCUUUAGGGUCCGUGAAGAAAAAUAUCGAUCAAGGAUAAAAGUUUUAGAAACCUUGGCAGCUGGGACAACAGAGGAGAAUGAGAUUGUAACGAACCAUCUGGAACAUAUAAAGCUAGAGAAAGCCAGGGUGGAAGAGAGAGAAAGGUCGGAAGAGAAAGAUGUGCUAAGGUUGAGGAAAGAAAAGGAGCGUAGAGACGCUGAGAUUUCUAAGCUGAAGCGAGAAUUUGAAAUGGAGAAAAAACUACAUGAAAAGCGCUGCCUGGAACUAGAAGCUAAAGCUCAAAAAAUUAAAGUUGAAUUUGAGAAGAAAUUGAAGGAUGCGGAGUUACGUGAAAUUGAUUCAACCAAGAAGGUGAAAGAACUUGAAACGCUAUGUGAAUCUAAAUCUCAAAAAUGGGAGAAGAAAGAGGGCACCUACCAGAGCUUUAUAGACAGACAGUCGGGGGCUUUGCAGGAGUUGAGGGCUACUUCAGAGUCUUUAAAACAUGAAGUUAUGCUGACACAAAAGAGUUACAUUAUCGAUUUAAACUACUAUGGUAUAAGGCUAAAAGGAGUAGCUGAUGCAGCGAAAAAUUACCAUGUGGUUCUUGAAGAAAAUCGGAGACUGUAUAAUGAAGUCCAGGAAUUAAAAGGAAAUAUCAGGGUCUAUUGUCGGAUUAGACCAUUCCUUCCUGGGCAAAACAAGAGGCAGACAACUAUAGAAUACAUUGGUGAGAAUGGUGAAUUGGUUGUGGCGAAUCCCUUAAAUCAAGGCAAAGAUACACAUCGAUUGUUUAAAUUCAACAAAGUUUUUGGUCCUACAGCAACUCAAGAGGAGGUAUUCUUAGAUACUCAACCGCUAAUUCGAUCCAUUCUUGAUGGCUACAAUGUUUGUAUAUUUGCCUAUGGCCAGACAGGCUCUGGAAAAACUUACACAAUGAGCGGACCAAGUAUAACUUCAAAAGAAGACUGGGGUGUCAACUACCGAGCUCUGAAUGACUUGUUCGAGCUAACUCAGAAUAGGCAAAACACCGUCGAAUAUGAAGUUGGUGUCCAAAUGGUCGAGAUAUAUAAUGAGCAAGUCCGUGAUCUACUUACUGAAGGCGGUUCCAAUAGGAGACUUGGGAUUUGGAAUACUGCCCUACCAAACGGGCUAGCAGUCCCUGAUGCGAGCAUGCAUCGCGUGAGAUCAACUGAAGAUGUCCUUGAGCUAAUGAGCAUCGGGCUAAUGAACAGAACUGUUGGAGCCACAGCUCUCAAUGAGAGGAGCAGUAGAUCACAUAGUGUUCUUUCUGUUCAUGUGCGUGGUAUCGAUGUGGAGACAGACUCUGUACUGCGUGGUAGUUUGCAUUUGGUUGAUCUUGCUGGAAGUGAAAGGGUUGAUCGUUCUGAGGCAACUGGAGAGAGGUUAAAAGAAGCUCAACAUAUUAACAAAUCUUUGUCAGCUCUCGGUGAUGUUAUCUUUGCCCUUUCGCAAAAGAACCCUCAUGUUCCAUACCGAAACAGCAAGUUGACUCAAGUCCUUCAGAGUUCCCUCGGAGGACAGGCCAAAACUCUUAUGUUUGUGCAGAUCAAUCCCGAUGAAGAUUCAUAUUCCGAGACUGUAAGUACUUUGAAAUUCGCUGAAAGGGUUUCGGGUGUUGAGUUAGGUGCAGCAAAAAGCAAUAAAGAGGGACGGGAUGUUAGACAACUCAUGGAACAGGUUUCAAAACUGAAGGAUGUGAUUGCAAAGAAAGAUGGAGAGAUUCAAAAGUUACAACAGCUAAAGGGUAAUACUGGUGUCCUAAAACGCGGGUUAAGCAGUCUAAGAUUCGGGUCUCCAUCCCCAAGAAGCCAUUCUGUUGGAGCUUCACCUAACACUCGAAGAGGGCAAGGUUCGAAUUUAUUCGGAAGAGCGAAUUCAGAUAUCGAUAAUAUCUCGGAUUACAGUGGAAAGCAUUCUGAUUCCGGAUCACAGCAGUCAGCAGAUGAGCGUAGACAUCGAAAGGACUUCCUCUCGUCGUCUAAGUUUGCAAAAGGCAAUAACAGUUUAGCGGAAGAUAUCGAACUCUUGGGCAUUGAAGAGGCAGAUUCCGAGGGAAGAUUGAGUGAUAUAUCGGAUAGUUGUCUCUCGAUGGGAACAGAAGCUGAUGGUUCGAGAAGCAGUUCGGUGGAGAUGACUCUCUUCCCUGAAACCACAAUACCAACGGAAAAAUCCGAGAAAUCUCAACAACAACAACAACAACGAACGUCAGAGAAAUCAUUGAAACGUGAGAAAUCCGAGAAAGCAGCAGGGAAAGCCACUGAGCCGAGUACCAAGACUAAUUUGACAUCGAGGCUAAUGAAGCAGACACCGAAAGCAGUGGGGCCAUCCAAACCGUCUCGUUUGUCGAUUACAACGACCAGCUCUUCCUCCAAGGCCCUAACCAGUACAAAGAAACCAACGGUCAGCAUUUCAUCAUCAUCAGCAUCGGCGGCCAAGCCCAUCAACAGGCGACGGUGAUGAAAAAACUGACAGAUAAAUCAGAAUCUAAUCUGAUUGGAUUUAACCAAAAGGGGAAGGAAAUAUUGGUGAUUUGCUUUUGUUUUGGCGAUUGUCUCUGAAGUGGCUUUAAUGUAAUAUCGUAUGUUAGUCUUCCACUGUUUCGAUUCAUGUCCCUCUGUGUAGAUUUCUUAAAGCAUGUUCUCCCCGUUGUGUUGCGUUACUGUCGUCUAAAAACAUCUGUUUUAUUCUUUUUAUUUUAUUUUUGGUGGUUAGUAACGAUUCUUGCAUAGAUUUAGACUGUAUAAACCCGUUUAGACUAAUAUUACUGUUGUUUUUGACA